GCUGGCCACCAGCUGAAUAACAAAAAAAUUGACAAUAGCAUAAAAUUAGCUCGGAUAUGGACUAAAACAAAGAAGGCGAACCGAGAUCCGAGGUCCGAGAUCCGCAUGAACUAUCUAACGAUUCUGCUGUGCAACCGAAAACCGACGAUGCUCUCGCGCCGGAGCAAGGAGAAGUCCCAGUCGCACAAGGAGGGCGUGGUGGGGAAGUACAUGAAGAAGGACACGCCGCCGGAGAUCCCGGUGAUCAAUGUGUGGACCACUGACCAGCGGGCCAAGAAGAAGUCCCUGCAGCGUUGUGCGAGCACCUCGCCCAGCUGUGAGUUUCAUCCGCGGAGCUCGAGCACCAGCCGGAACACCUACUCCUGCACGGACUCCCAACCGGACUACUACCAUGCGCGGCGGGCCCAGAGCCAGUUGCCCCUGCAGCCGCACUCCCAUCCCCACUCCUUGCCCCAUCCCUCCCAUCCCCAAGUGCACUCCCACCCUCCGCUGCCGCCCCACCAGAUCCGGGCCAGCAGCAACCAACUGAGCCAGAGCAGCAGCAACUAUGUGAACAUCGAACAGAUCGAGCGGAUGCGCCGUCAGCAGUCGUCGCCUCUGCUGCAGACCACGUCCUCGCCUGCUCCCGGCGCUGGGGGAUUCCAGCGCAGCUACUCCACCACCCAGCGGCAGCACCAUCCCCAUAUGGCCGGCGCGAGCUACGAUGCGGAUCAGGGCCUGCUCAGUGCCUCCUAUGCCAACAUGCUGCAGCUUCCCCAGCGGCCUCACUCGCCCGCCCACUACGCCGUCCCACCGCCUCAGCAGCAGCAUCCUCAGGUCCACCAACAACACGCCUCCACGCCCUUCGGCUCCACGCUGCGAUUCGAUCCGGCUGCCAUGUCUAUCAGGGAGCGACAACCAAGGUACCAGCCCACUAGGUCUCCAAUGCAGCAACAGCAGCAGCUGCAGCACCAGCAACUGGCGGCACACCUGGCCGGCAGCUACUCUAGCGACUCAUACCCGAUCUACGAGAAUCCUUAUCGUGUCUCAUCGAUGCGCGCCACUCAGUCGCAGCGAUCGGAGUCGCCUAUUUACAGCAACACGACAGCCUCAUCGGCCACGCUGGCCGUGGUUCCUCAACAUCACCACCAGGGUCACUUGGCAGUGCCAUCUGGAAGCGGUGGAGGAUCUCUGAGCGGCAGUGGCCGUGGCGGGAGCUCUGGCAGUGUUCGUGGCGCCUCUACCUCAGUGCAAUCUUUGUAUGCCCCGCCCCGGACACCGCCCAGUGCAGUUGGCGGGGCGGGGGGCAGCGCCAAUGGAUCGCUGCAGAAAGUUCCAUCACAGCAGUCGCUCACCGAGCCCGAAGAGCUGCCUCUGCCCCCCGGAUGGGCCACACAGUACACGCUGCACGGCCGAAAGUACUACAUCGAUCACAACGCCCAUACCACGCACUGGAAUCACCCCCUGGAGCGCGAGGGGCUGCCGGUCGGCUGGCGGCGAGUGGUGUCCAAAAUGCACGGCACCUACUACGAAAAUCAGUACACCGGGCAGUGUCAGCGUCAGCAUCCUUGUUUGACGUCCUACUACGUGUACACCACGUCAGCGGAGCCGCCAAAAGCCAUAAGGCCCGAGGCAUCGCUCUACGCUCCGCCCACCCAUACUCACAACGCUCUGGUGCCGGCGAAUCCUUACCUGCUCGAGGAGAUCCCCAAGUGGCUUGCCGUCUACUCGGAGGCGGACUCCUCCAAGGAUCACUUGCUGCAGUUCAACAUGUUUAGUCUGCCGGAGCUGGAGGGCUUCGACAGCAUGCUGGUGCGACUCUUCAAGCAGGAGCUGGGCACCAUUGUGGGCUUCUAUGAGCGCUACCGUCGCGCUUUGAUACUCGAGAAGGCCCGACGCGCCGGCCAGAACCAGAAUCAGAAUCAGAACCAGUGACCAGGUGACGACUGAAUCAGACCACAUACUCGCCAGCAGCUAUAUAUGUAGUUUAUAGUGUCCUGCAAUCGACCUUUAACUUAUUUAACCAUCGACUCACAACAAAUCAGUGCCUUUGACAAGACUAAACGAGGAGGAGGAAGCCAAGCCAAUCCAUGACAGUUCGAGUGCCUUGUUUUAACGUAGAAAUGUGUAACGUUCUAUAUACCCUUUAAUGAGAUUUGAGCUUGGUAUUUGUUUGUAAAAUGUGCAAAUUAAACUGGUUUACUGCUCAUCAUA